AGGCCUCGUUUGGUCGUCUCAGAAAAAAGUGGUUCUGAUUCUAAGCAGAGAAGAGAAUAGCUCAAUAGCUUAGUAUCUUGAGCUUACAUGUGGAAGAAAUGUGGAGAAUUUUAAUCCGACAGUACUCCAGAAUCCGACCGCCGGCAGCGGCUGAGGCCGGGCCGGUGAUCAGAGUGUCGAACAACGUAGCCCAAUUGGGAGGCCCGAAGGAGGGCCCAAAGCCCAGACAGCUGCUUUCUUUGCCUCCGUUCCCGGGACUCCCUUUGCCGGGAAAAAACUCGGAACGUGUAACCGCCAUUAGUUGGGUGAAGUAUUACUUUGAAGAGGUCCACGAUAAUGUCAUCCAGUCUCACUUCAACAAGUCUCUUGUUCAAAUGGAGUGCUCAAACUUUGGUGACCCCUUGGCUGAAAGGGACAGGAAAAUGAAACCCAUGAGAAAGAUAAAGCCCAAUGAGGUCAUGGUGGAAGGGACCAGAAUAUAUGUACCUGUUUCAGUGGCGGAGAGCAGGAUUUCCAAGAGAUUUGAUGUCAUACCAAGUGGGACACUACACCCAAAUGCUGAUGAAAUAGCCUACUUGCAAAGGCUUGUGCACUACAAGGACUCUGCUAUACUUGUUUUGAACAAGCCUCCAAGAUUGCCUGUCAAGGGACAUCUUCCGGUUCAUAACAGUAUGGAUGCAUUGGCUGCGGCAGCACUGAGUUAUGACUACAGUGAAGGACCUAAGUUGGUUCAUCGUCUUGAUAGAGAUAGCAGUGGCCUCCUCUUAAUGGGACGAACAAAAGAAAGCAUAAGCCAUCUUGAGUGGCUAUUCAGCAACAUUAAAGUAAAAUCUACGUGUAAGGCCUGGAAUGACGCAUGUGAAGCAAAAUAUCAGAAAUACUGGGCCCUGGUCAUAGGCUCUCCUAAGGAAAAGGAAGGCAUAAUAUGUGCUCCUCUUUCCAAGGUGCUUCUUAAUGAUGGUAAGACAGAGAGGGUCAUAUUAGCACACCAAACAGGUUUUCAAGCUUCCCAAGAAGCGAUAACUGAAUAUCGCGUGCUUGGUCCAAUGAUAAACGGAUGCUCAUGGCUUGAGCUACGUCCGUUAACUAGUCGGAAGCAUCAGCUCCGUGUCCAUUGUGCUGAAGCUCUUGGCACGCCAAUCGUGGGUGAUUAUAAAUAUGGGUGGCUUGUGCACAAAAGGUGGAAACAGAUGCCUCAAGUGAACAUAGAGCCAACAACUGGGAAGCCAUACAAGCUGCGUAGGCCAGAAGGUCUGGAUGUUCAGAAGGGAAGUGUCAUGUCAAAGGUACCCUUGUUGCACUUACAGUGUAGAGAGCUUGUACUUCCCAACAUUGCUAAAUUCCUUAGGGUUUUCGAUAGAAAGUCAGAGAACCAGGACCCUGCACUGGAAUCAAAACCAGAUCUCCUUAGAUUUGUGGCACGAAUGCCUUCCCAUAUGAAAAUUAGUUGGAAUCUUAUGUCCUCUUAUUUAGUCUAGGAAUAUGAGAAUCCUUUGUAGUCGCAUUCUCACAUUUCUUAUAGAUGAUGAAUAUUGAAUAAUCUAUCUUUGGGAAUUGAAACCGAAUUGAGUUGAGCAUUUUGUAGAUUGUAACUAUUACAAUUUUGUAUGUUCAUACGCAUAGAGGAAAUGAAAUUUCAGAAUGCAUAGUUA